AUGUUUAACCAAAGAGUUUUAGUAUUUUUAAUCGUCGUAACUGCAGUGAUAUGUCUUGCUUAUCGUGUACACCUAUUUUAUUAUUCACCGAGACCUGUUGGACCGACUACAUCAUACGAAGUUCUAGUACUUCCCGACAAACAACGAAUAUUAUAUGAAAACAAGACUACACGUUUGUUGCGAGAUCUUCUGCAAAGUUCGUAUUUAAAAAUACAGCCGUUCAAAAUAAAUGGCGACGAUAUCAUGGUAUUUUUGCAUAUACAGAAAACUGGAGGCACAUAUUUCGGUAAAAAUUUAGUCACAAAUCUACAUUUGGAGAGAAAAUGCGAUAAAGUUGUGUCAAUGAGGUCACGGUUCAUGUGUAAACGACCUAACUCAGACGAAUUUUGGUUAUAUGCUCGAUAUUCUACUGGCUGGGUAUGUGGACUUCAUGCUGACUGGACUACGUGGAAUAGUUGUCUUCCAAAACUAUUAAAAUCUCGACUAAGUAAGAAGCAUUUUAAUGAAACCAAGUUAUUAUAUAUUACUAUUUUGCGUGACCCGGUUGACAGGUUUUUGAGUGAAUUCAAACACGUCCAACGGGGUGCAACAUGGCUCUCAUCCAAAUUUGUAUGCAACAAUAAGAAAUACAAACUGCCUAUUUGCUACAAGGGCGCCAACUGGAGUAAUGUGUCAUUGUCUGGAUUUCUCAACUGUCCCUAUAAUUUGGCAUUCAAUCGACAAACCCGUAUGUUGGCCAAUUUAACUGAGGUCGAAUGCUACAUUUACGAUAAUAAGAUUGAGGAAUUUAACUAUAGUCAACAAUAUGGCAAGCUCAUGUUGGAAAGUGCUAAGCGAAAUCUCCGCUCAAUGGCGUAUUUUGGACUCGUGGAAUAUCAAAGAGAAAGUCAAUACUUGUUCGAGAAGACAUUUGGGUUGAAAUUUAAGAAAAAAUUAACUCAAGUACCAGGCAACGAAACUAUAAGUGGUGAGACUUCGUCUACAUUGACCACAAGGCUUCUGUUGCGAAUACGUAAAGCCACCAGGCUGGAUCGUCAAUUGUACAAUUAUGCAAAAGCAUUAUUUUUUAGAAGGUUAAAAUAUUUUGAAAAAGUGGACGAAAUGGGUAAGUUUUAA